UUGAGUACAGGUGCGAGCGGUGUGGGGGUCAGGUGUCGAGCCUGAGGUGUAGUUUCUACACACUACCUCAGGUUCUCAUUUUACACCUGAAGAGGUUUUGCCCCUUCACCCUCACCAAAAGCAUGGCACCGCUUCAGCUGGAGGCAGAGCUCCAGAUCAAACAAAGGACUGAGGACAUUGCAGGAAGGUGUGGCGAGUCCCCUCAGGUUCCCAGUGCAGGAUCAGGCCGCCGCCCUGCAGCCCCCUCUGUUCUAGAGGGGGCGUCUUCCUCUGAAGCAUCCUCCAUCACUCAGGAGCUAGAGGCAGGGACAGAGAGAGAGAAGGUGGAGGGAGGCAGCUCCACCUACUCCUUAAUGAGUGUGCUGAGCCACAUUGGGACCAAUGCGGACUGCGGUCAUUACACAAGUGACUGUGCUGAGGAAGGGGGACUCUGGCUCUCUCUUAAUGAUGAGGAAGUCUCCCCCACCACUCAGGAUGCUGUACUCAGAGAGAGAGCCAGCACUGCCUACCUGCUUUUUUACACCAGAAAGUGAAGUGCCCCUUCCUGGUCAUCAAGGCUCAGCACCAGACGCAGGCAGGACUCUCCUGCUCAGCAGGAGACACUCAACCAGAGAC